UUCAAUCCGAAUACGGUGUUCGCUGAUGUCGGCUGCUUCAGACCUGACCUAAACAUUGGUAACCGGAUUGUUCUUGCCGGAGUGUUAUUGAAAAUAUAGAAACUGAGCAAAUAACACGAAGUAUUGUGUCUAUGGACUGGAAUUUAGAGAGUAUAAGCAUGAAUAGUCGUUUUGGUGUGGACAACGUGAUUUAAUAUUUGAGCAACUGCUUUUAUGUAUAACAUGGCUCUUCAGUGUGGUCCAAGUAAAAUUGGGUUCUGGAAAAAUAUCAUUGGUGCAGUUAAACAAGUAAAUUUAAACUUGAGUAAAAGGAGUCUCAGUUCCUCCUUGAGUGAACCAGAACAAGAGCAACUCACUCAAGAUAUCAAGCCAUUCGAUGAAAUUCCUGGGCCAAAGUCACUUCCAUUCAUUGGAACCGUAUAUCUCUACUCAUUGGGGGUUUAUUCUUUUGAAAAUGUUAUUGAAUCUGGACGGAAAAAGUAUUUAAAAUAUGGCAGAAUAGUUCGUGAAGAAAUUGUACCAGGUAAACAUACAGUUUGGAUAUUUGAUCCAGAGGAUUAUAAGCAAUUGAUUUUGUAUGAAACCACUAUGUUUCCAUCUCGAAAAAGCCACCUUGCUGUUGAAAAAUACCGCAAAAGUCGUCCAGAAGUUUACUGUUCUGGAGGUCUCCUUUCCACCAAUGGAGAAGAGUGGUGGAAAUUGCGGCGAGAAUUUCAGAAGGACUUUAGUGCUCCUCAGGCUGUUCAAGCUUAUUUGCCUGCAACUGACAGAAUAAUAAAAGAGUUUGUAAACAGACAGUUACUUUUUCCUUGUGAUUUUGACUUUAUGUUUGUUCUAUCUAGGCUCUCUCUACAGUUAACAUGUUUAAUAGCAUUUGAUGAGGAAUUUGAUUCCUUUUCUAAUCAACAGUUGAAGUAUGAUUCCCGCUCCUCUCAAUUAAUUGAAGCUGCUUUUACUGCCAACCAGACUGGGUUUAUGAUGGAUCGUGUUGGCUUCCAAACAAGACUAUGGAAGCGAUUUAGUGAGGCAUCUCUGUUCAUUGAAAGUGUUGCAGUAGAGUUGGUAAAGAAAAAGAAGAGAUCUUUAGAAAAGUCCAACCCAUUAGAAUAUUCAGAAGAUUAUGUUCCCUCCUUGCUUGAGCUUUAUUUAACAAUGCCAAGCAUAAACUAUAAGGAUGUAAUUGGAAUGACUGUGGACUUACUUCUUGCUGGAAUUAACGCAACUGCAUUUACUGCUUCUUUUGCACUUUAUCACCUUUCAAAAAAUGAGAGAGUCCAAGAUAUUCUUAGGAUGGAAGCCAGAGAUCUCCUGCAGUCUCCAGAACAGGCAAUAACACCAGAGAUUUUGUCUAGCGCUCAUUAUGCCCGAGCUGUUCUUAAAGAGGUUCUUCGAUUGAAUCCAAUAUCAGCAGGUGCUGAAAGGCUUCUUACAGAAGAUAUUGUGUUAUCUGGGUACCAUAUACCGAAAGGAACUAAUGUUGUUACUCAAAAUCAAGUGUCUUGUCGUAUGGAUGAUUAUUUUGUCAAUCCUGAUGUCUUCCUACCAGAGAGAUGGAUGAAAGGAAGUCCUGUGUUUGAGAAAAGCAAUCCUUAUCUUGUAUUACCAUUUGGUCAUGGCCGACGUACAUGCAUUGCUCGCCAUCUAGCUGAACAGCAGUUGCUAAUAUUACUUUUAAGAGUUGUUCGGGAUCACAUGAUAAGAUGGAAUUCUGAGAAACCUCUUGGUUGCAAGGCUAUUCCUAUUAACAAACCGGAUCAGGUUGUUGAUUUGUCUUUUAUGAAAGUGUAAAGGACAUCUCUACUUAACAAUUGGUCCUAUCUUGUGCGUUUAUUAGUUAGAAUAAAAUAAUAAAACAAUUUUAUCAAAUUGCA